AAACCUUUUAAAUAUUUUUUUGCUUUAUUAAUUUGGGUCCCUCCCUCAGUGAAGGAAAAAUGUUCUCCAACAACACUUUAUAUACAAGUUCUUGAGCUUUGGGAAUUGAAGCUAAAAUUGUAAAACAAAAAAAUGGGAUGUUCUAAUUCAAAGUUAGGUGAGGAUGAAGCUGUUCAGAUCUGUAAAGACAGGAAACGUUUCAUCAAACAAGCAGUGGAACACAGGACAAGCUAUGCUUCUGCCCACAUAGCUUAUAUCCAGUCUCUAAGAAAGGUUUCAGAUGCUCUACGCGAAUACAUUGAAGGAGACGAGCCACACGAGUUUCCACUAGACACGUUUGUUACUCCCGUGAAGAGAAUGAGCAGCAUUGAGUUAUCUCAGAGCAAGGUAGAGUCAAAAAUGGAAGUUAAUUACUUGAUGGCUAGUGGAACCAGACCGGUUCAGGUUGAAGUAACGCCUCCAAGAUCUCCUGAGACUUACCAUGUUGAGAGCUAUGGAGCUGAUAGUUUCUUGGGGAUGAACAUGAGAUCCCCUGCGCACAACAACAGUCCUAACAUACCACCUCCUUCACCACAGAACUCUCAAUGGGACUUCUUUUGGAAUCCAUUCUCUUCAUUAGACUAUUACGGAUACAACUAUGAUAACCGGAGUGGUAUGGAGGAAGAGGUGAGGCGAGUUCGUGAGGAAGAAGGGAUUCCUGAUCUUGAAGAAGAAGAUGAUGAUGAUGAAGAAUCUCCAAGGUUUCAAGAUCAUCAUAACAUGAAAGCAAGUGAAAUGAAUCAAGAAGACAAUGUUAGUGAGGUUGAGAAUGAGAGAGACAUGGACUUCACUGUAACGCAAGAACGAGAAAGCAAUGAGGUGUCCAGAGGAGGAACCACAGGGCAUCAUCAUGUGGUUACAACAGAUGAUGCAAAAGGAGAAGAAACCACACAACAUGGCUUCACUGUGUACUUGACUCGUAGGCCGACAAGCAUGGGAGAAGUUAUUAAAGAUCUUGAAGAUCAGUUUGAGAUUAUAUGUAAUGCUGCUAAUGAAGUUUCUGGUUUAUUGGAAGCUAGUAGAUCUCACUACAUAUCUUCUAAUAGUGAACUCAGUGGCAUGAAAAUGCUGAAUCCAUUAGCUUUGUUCUCAUCAAGAUCUUCUUCCUCCUCAUCAAGAUUUUUGAUCAGCUCAAGUUCCAAGGAGAGUGGAUUUGAAAGCAGCAGUGACUUUUCAGAAGAAUCUUCUUGUAUGCUUUCAGGUAGCCAUCAAUCAACAUUGGACCGUUUAUACGCGUGGGAGAAGAAACUCUAUGAUGAAGUUAAGUCUGGAGAACGUGUAAGGAUUGCAUAUGAGAAGAAAUGUUUAGCUCUAAGGAACCAUGAUGUGAAAGGAGACAACUCUUCUGCAGUUGAUAAGACAAGAGCUACAAUGAGAGACUUACACACUCAGAUGAAUGUCUCUAUACACUCAAUAGAGUCUAUCUCAGAGAGGAUCGAGACUCUUCGUGACCAAGAACUGCUUCCUCAGCUUCUUGAGCUUCUUCAAGGAUUAGCUAGGAUGUGGAAAGUGAUGGCAGAGUGUCACCAGAUACAGAAGAGAACGUUGGACGAAGCCAAGCUAUUACUUGCUGCAACAACCAUGCUCAAAAAGAGACAACAUAGUUCAUUACCGGAGAUCAACACUCAGAGACUAGCUCGGUCUGCUUUAAACCUAGUGGCUCAGCUAAGAAACUGGAGAGUUUGCUUCCAAGCAUGGAUCACUUCCCAGAGAUCAUACGUGUUGUCUUUAACUGGAUGGUUACUCAGAUGUUUCAGAUGCGACCCUGACCCAGAGAAAGUCAGACUCUCAACUUGUCCUCAUAGGAUCUAUGAAGUGUGCAUUGGAUGGUCAAGGUUGCUCAACGGGUUGAAUGAGAAGCAUGUGGUGGAUAAACUUGAUUUCUUUGCUUGUGGGAUGGGUUCAAUCUUUGCUAGGCAGCUUAGGGAAGAAGAUCAAUCUCCGAGGAGAGAUGGUUCUGGGAGCUUGGAGCUUGUUGAAGCUGACAAGGUGGAGGAAGAGGAGGAGAAGAUGAUGAAUGCUGAGAAACUUUCUGAGAUUGCAGUUAAAGUACUCUGCCAUGGGAUGUCUGUUGCAGUGAGCUCACUUGCUGAGUUUGCAAUCAGCUCGGCUGAUGAACAUUCGAAGCUCGUUAAUCGUCCAGAGGAGACAAUAUCUAGAGAAGCAGUAUCUGGAGCAAAUGUAAACAUUUCUUAAAAUUCAUUUAUUUUCUUUGGGUUAGAAGUUUAGUAUCUUAGGUUAGUUGGGAGGAGAUGCAUCUUUUUGGUUUUAGAUGGAUAGAGAUGUACUAUUAAUAUUAUGAAUGAUUAUAGGUUCAGAAUCUAUAUGUUAAAACCAUUUAUAGUGGUGGAGGUUUGCAUGAAAUAUCUAUAGAUAGUUAGAUUUGCAUGUCCCCGGUCGAUGAUAUGUAACAAAGAGCAAAAAAAAUUAACAAAUGAUUU